AAGUGAAGUAGAGAGCUAAAUCUAAAUUAAGAAUGUUGUAGUAGUGCAAACAGAACAACCAAUUUAAGGAAGAUGUCUUAACAAAUUCACUAUGAUUUCACAAAGGCAGAGACUAUUUGCGCCCCUUUUUUGCUAAGUCCGCCAUCCCCAAACACGCGAAAAGACUAAAAUACCCUUCAGUAAUUUAAAUUUAAAAAAAAAAAAAACUACCUUAUCUCUACAAACCCUCCCCCUCUUUCAACCGUAUACCAUCUUCCUCUCCCACCCAAUUUCAAAAGUUUCAACCCUCACAAAAUCAAGUCUCUCAAACCCACAACCAAGUCAAGAAGAGGAAGAGAAAGGAGGACAACCAGUAAGAAGAAGAAGUAAGAAGAAGAAGUUGAAGUAGAAGAGGAAGAAGGAGACCAAGUCAAGAAGGAGUAACCCACAAAAUACAACAACAACCCAUAACCCACAAGAAGAACAACAAUGCCUCCUAGGAAAACUGCCCGUGUUGUUGGUCCUUCUACUGAACCUACUGCUCCACGGGAUCGUAGCUCCACUCAUGCUUCUAACCGCAAACGGUCAGAAGAGGCUAAUAGAGGAAGGGGUAGAGGAAGGGGUCGAGGAAGGGGUAGGAAUGCUGAACAAGAGCCUGCUGUACAGGAUCAGCAGGAUGAUGAGAUUAUGGCUGAUCAGCCGGAUGAUGACACUGAGGCGGAGGAGGAGACUAGUGGUGAGGAGGAGACUAGUGGUGAGGAGGAGGCUGAGGAGGAUGUCGGUGCUGACCUCGAGGCGGAGUUUGAUGAGGAGUCUGGUGAUGAGGACGAUGAGAACAGGUUGUGGUAUGAGGGAGGUCCGUUUGACCUUUGCUUGUUGACUAAGUAUGGCGAACAUAUAGCUCGUGACAUAUGGAGGUCAUACAAGCGGCCAAAUUAUGAGACUAGAGGUGUGCUCAAGACCUAUAAUCAUGGGAGGAUGUGUCAUCCUGUAGUCCAUCAUGCUCGGUACAUAAGGGGUGCGGUGCAUAAUGCAGGUUUGCGGUGGGUGAUGAAAUGCACAAGCCCGAGUGUUGACCAGAGCAUUAUUUCUGCUUUUGUUGAGCGAUGGCAUCCUGAGACGUCAUCUUUCCACUUACCCUGGGGGGAAAUGACGAUCACACUUGAAGAUGUCUCAGUAUUACUCCACUUGCCCGUAGAGGGUGAGUUCUUCUCCUUUGGUAACCCGACUAGGGAAGAGGCGGCUCCUGCGGUUGCUCAGUUACUUGAUGUGGACAUUGAGCUUGUGAUGGAGGAGUUUGAUGCUUGUAGGGGUCCAUCUCUUCGCUUUAGCUUUCUCCAAGCUAUUGUGGAGAAACACGUAGAGGCCAACAAUGAAGUUCCUGCAUGCCGAGCUUAUAUGCUGCGGUUGAUUGGCAUGACCCUUUUCUGUGACAAGAGCAACACAUAUAUUGGUGCUGUGUAUUUGUCUCUGUUUGAAGAUGUUGAGAAUGCAUCAAGGUGGAAUUGGGGAGCUGCCACUUUGGCUUACUUGUAUGGUCAGCUCGGGGAGGCCAGUAGGAAUGGUGCUAAGUCUGUUGCUGGUUAUUUAUCUCUUCUGCAGGUAUUGUUAUUUCUUUCUAAUUAUUGUUAAAACGUUUGUUGUUAAAUAAUUAGCAUCAUACUUUGGCAUUUUCUCUUUUG